UCAGUAAGCUUCAGUUUCGCAUGGCAUCCAGCCCUGAUGGUAGAAACUUUGAAAAUCCCUGUGACUUUCCCAGCUCCUAAUCUGUUUUCCCAGCUCCUAAUCUGUUUUCCUGUAAUCAUUGAUUCUGGUGUCCACACUCAGUCAGUCCCCUUAGUGUUUUGGCAUUGAAUAAAGGUAUCUGUUUCUUCUUGGUGUUUCUAGUAACACUCAUCUCAACAGGACUGUAAUUCAGUAAGGGCAGAUGGUUCAUCAAGUGCCCAGCUUUGGAGGGAUGAUCCUUUCAAAUGAUCCUUUCAAUUUAGCGCUGGACAGAGACUUGAGAAGUUUACUUCCAGUUCUUGCCCUUCGCAUUUUCUUGUAGAAUGAUUUGAGGUGUAUGGUACAGGUGAGAAAACACACAAUAAACUCUUCUUUCUGUAAACUUAGCCUAAGGAUUACAAACAGGGCUAAUUUACGAUAAUGACCAUAUAGAUCAACAUUGCUUGACACUACAUAGCCUUUUUACCUCGGUUGAAUUUCUUGGUGCUUCCAAGACCCCUUUUUCUUGAAUCUUUUCCAUGGGAUAAUACCAGGUCCCUAUCUGAUUUGGUGAUAUUGGGGCGGGGGGGAGCAAAAAAUUUUAAUUUUUCCGUGAUACCAGUUUUCCUCUUCAAUUUGUUUUUAGGGCUCUUAGAGGGAAUAGUGUGGAGGUGUGGCUUGUAGUGUCCUCAGCAAGCAGGUUGUAUCUAGCCACCUAUUUCUCAUCUGGUCUGAGCUUGCAGAUUUUUUCAGAAAAUAAUACUGAACAUAUGCUUCAAGGAUGUCUCUCUCUCUCAUAAUAAAAUGGGGUGGACAGGAAUAUACGAUAACCUCGCUAUCAGAAGAAGACACAGUGUUGGAUCUGAAGCAGUCUCUGAAAGGCCUUACUGGAGUGUUACCGGAACGUCAAAAACUACUUGGACUUAAAAUGAAGGGCAAACCUGCAGAUGACGAUGUUAAGCUUGGAGCUCUCAAGUUGAAACCAAAUACCAAAAUUAUGAUGAUGGGCACUCGUGAAGAGAGUUUGGAAGAUGUCCUUGGGCCACCUCCUGAUAAUGAUGAUGUUGUCAAUGACUUUGAUAUUGAAGAGGAAGUUGUGGAAGUAGAAAAUAGGGAAGAAAAUCUACUAAAAAUUUCCCGCAGAGUUAAAGAAUACAAAGUGGAAAUUCUGAAUCCUCCUAGAGAAGGCAAAAAGCUGCUGGUGCUAGAUGUUGAUUAUACACUAUUUGACCACAGAUCAUGUGCUGAAACUGGGGUAGAACUGAUGAGGCCAUACCUUCAUGAAUUCCUGACAUCUGCAUAUGAGGACUAUGAUAUUGUAAUUUGGUCUGCUACUAAUAUGAAGUGGAUUGAAGCUAAAAUGAAAGAGCUUGGAGUGAGUACCAAUGCAAACUACAAGAUAACUUUCAUGUUGGACAGUGCUGCCAUGAUAACAGUGCACACUCCUCGAAGAGGACUAAUAGAUGUGAAACCUCUUGGUGUUAUCUGGGGAAAAUUUUCAGAAUAUUACAGCAAAAAAAAUACUAUUAUGUUUGAUGAUAUUGGCCGAAACUUCCUAAUGAAUCCACAGAACGGACUCAAGAUAAGGCCUUUUAUGAAAGCACAUUUAAAUCGGGAUAAAGACAAGGAGCUUCUAAAGCUCACUCAAUACCUCAAAGAAAUAGCAAAAUUAGAUGACUUUUUGGAGCUGAAUCACAAACAUUGGGAAAGGUAUCUUUCGAAGAAGCAAGGACAAUAACACUAUGAAAGUUGUGUGGCACUGAAUUGAAGGGAACAUAACUUUGGAUCAUUGGACUUUUCCUUGCUUUUAUGCUAGAGUAUAAUAGUGCUGGACACUGGAUCCAAUGCCAGAAUGACUGCUAUACUUGGUCUUCCAGGUGGUUGGUUGUGGGGUUUUUUUAAAAGAUCACAGCAAUAAGCUCAAAGUGGGAGAAACAAGUCAGUUACUUUUUCUUGUGUUCAGUUCUGGUGUUACUACUUAAAAUACUUUCCUCUCCUUUGCUGCCGAAGUACAACCAUAACCAUUAAAGACCAAAACCAUUCUGAAACUAGAAAAAAAAAAAAAAACUUAGACCAAAAAAGUUGAGUAAGGAGCCUGCCUUGGCAGUGUAUGAAUUGUAUAAGCCCUCUAUUCCCUCCAUCUUUAGAAACAGUCUCCCUCUCCCAUUCCAGUAUUUAAGUCUAUAAAUUACAAGUUGUCUAAGUUUGGUAUGUAUUAGUAUGUCAGUGUUUCUCUGUGCAAGACAGUAAGAUGGGAAAGUACCACCUCUGUGGCCAGUUUACCCCAGUGUGUACUAUAAAGCAGUGUUUAAUGGAAAACAAAAGAUUGAAGUUUGAGGGAGAGAAACCCACUCUUACUUGGUAAGCAAAAAGCAGUCUGCCUGAAAAAUUCUUAUGUGUCAGAUAAAGGGUUUAAACCUCAGAUGGGAAAGUCACAUUCCUAACAAAGCAUGAACAAAACCCUUGUUCUCUUCUAGCUAAAUCUUGUCAAAGUGCAAACACUGUGUUUAAAUACAAUAUUCAGCCAUACUGUUCUUAAAAUAUCAUUUACUUGCGCUGCUUAUGCCUGCACUAUAGAAGUGUGAUGUGACUGCUGUUUGGCAUUACCAACACUUGUGCAUUAUGCAGUUCAUGUAUUUGAAAGAAUACUGACCCUUUCAAAUAAAAAUGGUAUAUAUUGUUCUUAAGGAA